CGAUGUUUUGAAAUUAAUUACUUUAUGAACUUGUUAAUUUGUAGUUCAAACAUGUAGCGCAUCUGAUACAAUGUUAUUUUGAUAAAGCAUAACGGUACAUACAACGGUACAGUAGGACAGUAUACAGCCAACUUGUAUCAUGUCUGAAGUGUUCUUGGUGCUGAUCUACGCUUACGAUACAAUGUAACGACUAAAACCCUUCGGUACAUUCGUUGAUCAUGACAUAUCAAAGGCUAUGUCAUUUUGCAAACAUCUCUUCCUUACCAGACCCGACCAACAGGUACAGAAUCGAAGAAAGAAUCGGAGAAGGUACUUAUGGAGAAGUUUUCAGUGCUGUGGAUUUACAAACAGCUGAAACUGUAGCGAUAAAAAUAUUGGAAAACAUAUCGGAAAGUAUCGAGGAAAUUGAAGAAGAAUACAUGAUCUUGAAAGACAUUAGCCAUCAUCCGAAUUUACCUCAAUUCUACGGUCUAUAUUUAAAAAAAGGAAAAAAAGUUGAAGAUGAUCAAUUAUGGUUGGUUAUGGAGUUAUGUGCUGGUGGAUCGACAACCGAAUUAGUUCGCAAUUUGAAAAAAAGAGGAGAGUUGUUGACCGAAUUACAAAUAAUUUAUAUUAUCUACAACACACUUCAGGCCAUAGCUUAUCUACACAGUAAGCAUUGUAUGCAUCGUGAUAUCAAAGGACAUAAUAUUCUGUUAACUGAUGAAGCAGAUGUAAAAGUGAUUGAUUUCGGAGUUUCUUCCCGAUUAGGAGCGACAAUGGGCCGGAGAAGUACUUCGGUUGGUACACCAUACUGGAUGGCACCUGAAGUUAUCGCUUGCGAGCAGCAGCUGGAAUGUUCAUAUGAUUCGCGGUGUGAUAUAUGGUCACUAGGUAUAACGGCCAUAGAAUUAGCUAAAGGAGAACCACCGUUAUCUGAAAUUCAUCCUAUGAGGGCAUUAUUUCAAAUACCUCGUAACCCCCCUCCUACACUGGAUCGUAAAGACUGCCCUAGCUUGAAACAAUUUGUUAGUGAAUGUCUAAUCAAAGACUUCGAGUGCCGACCUACCGCGCAAUAUUUAUUGUCUCAUCCGGCGAUGAAAAAAGGAGCCGAAAAUGCGCACCAGGCGCGUAAAGAAUUGAAAGAAAAAAUCCUCAAGCAAAAAUUAUAUGGUAAAGAUAAAAUCACUCCAGAUGUUACUACGAAACAUGGAAAAUUUAAAAUCGAUCGUAAAUCGGAGCUGACUAAAAUGUACGUUGAUGACCUAGCAACUUUGGAUACGUUGACCGAGGAUAUAAUUGUAGAACAGUUACAAUGCAGAUACGAAAGUAAUCGUAUUUAUACGUUUAUUGGGGAUAUUUUACUAGCCAUUAAUCCUUUCACUGCUUUGGGACUUUAUAAUACAAACGAACAGAAACGUUACACUAAUAGAAUUCGUUCUGAUAAUCCACCUCAUAUAUUCUCGAUCGCGGAUGCUGCUUAUCAAGCGUUAUUGUUUCAACAAACCAAUCAAGCUAUUGUUAUCAGUGGAGAAAGCGGAGCUGGCAAAACUGAAUCUGCGAAUUUACUACUCAAACAAUUGGUUUAUCUAGGAAAGGCUGUGAAUAAAAAUCUAGAAGAACGUAUUCUCAGAAUGAAUCAACUAAUGGAAGCAUUCGGAAAUGCUCAAACUGGAAUAAAUAAUAAUUCUUCGAGGUUUGGUAAAUACCUCGAAUUGAGUAUGACUAGUGCUGGACGUAUCUCAGGGGCCAAGAUAUAUGUUUAUCUGCUUGAACACAGUAGAAUCGUUCAACAAGCUCACGAAGAAAGCAAUUUCCAUAUAUUUUACUAUUUGUACGACGGAUUAACUAAUAAUAAUUUGCAUUUGGAUUAUCAUUUGGAUGGAGAAUUACGACAACAACAUUCCUAUUUACCUGCUGAUAAACAAGAUUUUAAUACAAAAAAAUAUAACAUCAUAAAAUUUGAAGAAAUCAACAGCGCUUUUAAACUGAUUGGAUUCAAAGAAGAUGAGAUAAUCUGCGUUUAUAAAAUCCUCGCUUCUAUUUUGCAUCUCGGUGAUAUCGAAUUUAGCGAAGUUGUUUCCGAUGACAAUACCGAUAAUAAAAGUAAAAUAAUCGAUUUUGCUCCCUUACAUCGAGUGUCCCAUUUAUUAGGAUUGAAUAGAUUUAAUUUAUUGGAAUGUUUAACCGUGAAUAGUGUCACUAUGAGAGGUGAAGUUAUUACGAAACAUAAUUCUGUGACUGAAGCUUGUGUUAUCAGGGAUGCCAUCGCCAAAGCUUUAUACAGCAGACUUUUCGAUUGGCUUGUCAGCUGUAUAAAUAAUUUACUAUCCUAUCAUAUAAGAGGCGAUGCGCGUAUGAUCGGUAUACUGGAUAUCUUCGGAUUUGAAAAUUUCGCUAAGAAUUCGUUCGAGCAACUUUGCAUCAAUAUUGCAAAUGAACAAAUACAAUAUUACUUUAAUAGACAUAUAUUUACUUUAGAGCAGCAGGAAUAUAUAAAUGAAGGCAUACCGGUAGAUAUGAUCGAAUUCGUCGAUAACAAACCAGUCUUAGACAUGUUUCUAUCCAAACCAAUGGGAUUAUUAUCGUUGCUUGACGAAGAAAGUCGAUUCCCCAGAGCCACCGAUAAAUCUUUAAUAGAAAAAUUCCACAGCAAUAUAAAAAGUAAACUGUACAUUCGUCCAAAAUCAAACACUUUACAAUUUGGCAUACAGCAUUUCGCUGGUAAAGUUAUGUACUGCACAGAAGGCUUCUUGGACAAAAAUCGACAAUUCUUACCAGCAGAUGUGGUAAAAUUAUUAUGUGGAUCGAGUAUUCAUACAAUUCGAUACUUAUUCCAAUGUUCCGUUAAUAAGACCGGUAAUUUGUUCUAUUCGAUGCCGGUCAAUUUACGUCCCCCUGAGUCACCAAUAUGUAACAAAAAAAGUGCUCCUAAUAAUUUGGAUAACGUUCCGAAAACUCGUAGUCAACAAACAGCCGCCAGCUAUUUCCGCUACUCUUUGGCCGAAUUAUUGCAAAAAAUGUCCGGUGGAAUACCACAGUUCGUUCGUUGCAUUAAACCAAACGAUUCAAAAACGCCCCAUCUAUUCGAUCCAGUUAAAGUACUAAAACAACUACGAUAUACCGGAGUUUUAGAAACGAUUCGCAUUCGACAAAACGGAUUCUCCCACCGAGUAACCUUCGCUAAUUUCUUGAAACAGUAUUCGUUUUUGAUGUUUUCGUCGGAAGAACGAUUCCCACCUACUAGAGAAAGUUGCAGAUUACUUCUAACUCGAUUGAAAAUGGAUGGAUGGGCGUUAGGAAAAACCAAAGUGUUUUUGAAAUAUUACCAUACAGAAUAUCUUACGAAAUUAUACGAAGAACACGUCAAAAAAAUAAUUAUAGUGCAAUCGUGCAUUCGAAGAUUCCUAGCCAGAGUGAAGUUCAUUAGGAUGAAACGCGAAAUGACCUUCAGCGUUUUAACGCUACAGAAAUAUAUUCGCGGUUGGAUUGUUCGCAAGAAAACACAAACAUUGAAGAAGAGUAAUAAAAAUCCGGUCAAUGUUAAUGGAAUCGACGAUUCUAAACGCAACGAAGUCGAUGGUCGUAAUAAAAAUCAUUUGAAAGAAAUUAACCCUCCGCCUCAAGUACAAAACCACCAAAAGAACGGAAUUGUCGAAAAACCUAGCAAAGAAAAAGAUUUUAAUAAAAUUGAGUAUCAAAAUGGAGCCAAACCUCUCAAGUUUUGGAAUGUGAAACCGAAUUGGAAUUACAACGAUGAAAAUUGUAAAGAUAGUAACUGCAAUAAUGUGAAAAAUCUCAAAGUACAAAUUAAUCCGGCUGUCAAACAAGCGAAUAAUGCUAAUAAAAUAAUUCCAGUCCGAAACAACUCCAUUAAAAAAGUAAAAAAUAUCAUUAGACCACUUGUGGUAUACGAUGCUCCAAAACCGUACAUUCAAAAAGGGUUCGUUCAAGAAGUGACCAAAAAAUUCGCAGAAGAGUCAUAUAAAUAUAAAAAAGAAGAUGAAAUGAAAAAAAGAAGAAAAAUGCAAACGUUGGAUAAAAGUUGUAAAAAGGAAGUACCAAUAAAAGAAAUUAGUCAACAGCCAGCGUAUUACUGGAAGUUUCAACCAACGAGUCGAGUGAGAAUUCUCGGUAACAACAGUCCGUGUAAUUUUCGUCAAAUGCUCAGACCAAUUCAAGAUCCGCCUACAGAAUCAUUACGAAAACGUAUGGUUGAAAGAUCUCAGAAAUUAAAUGGUGUGUGAAAAUGUAAUACCUCGAGUAUUGAACAUAAUCAUGAGGUAAGAAGACUAAUGAUUGAAAAUGAAACAUAUUUCUACAUAAUAAUCGUGUAACUGUUUUACUUGAACUAGUCAGAUAAAUAUUUUUAAAUAUGAAAAUAUUCUGCAUGCAUAUACAUGUUCUAUUUUUAAAUACAUUCCAUGUAGGCAUAUUUAAGAAUAAGAUUUUUUCAGUGAUUUUUUAAAAUGUCAUUCCAUAAUGAAUGUAGUUGUUGUAAGUACAUAUGUUGUUUAUUUAUUUUAUUUUAAAUUUCUGAAAUUUUUCUUUUUUUCGAUGGUUCUCGAGUUUAAAAAUUUUUGGUUUCUUGAAAUAGAAUAGUGAUAACGUUUGACGUUAAAAUUUUCAAAAAUAAACCAUUAACAGGUUUAUGGAUUAUUUCCAAUGGCAAUACUAGUCUGAUUUUGCAAAUCAAAAUGUUCACGUGUUUUUAUUGUUUUAAUUUAUCGGUGAAAUAUCUGUGAUUUUUUACAAAAUCGCCGUUUUUAUAAUUUUCAAAAUUGAAAACAAUGUACUAUUUGCAUUGUUAAUUUAUAUUGUUAUCAAAAUAAUGUUCUAAAUUUAAUUGACACUUAUUUUUACACACGGUUGUAUGUGAAUUUAAAGAUACGUGAAAAAUCCAAGUUUAAGUACAUACAUUGUAUUGUGAUUUUUUUAAAGCUAUUAAUAAUAUCACCUUUUCCACGCAGUGGUGGGGAAAUUUGUAUUUAUAAGUUUACGGUUGAAGGCUGAAAUGAAUUUUUAUACAUAAUAUUCAAUCUGUGAUUCAACAUUUUUUUCUCCCUCAUUUAUUUUGAAAUUCCAUUUCAAUGGUUCAUUUACAAAAAUCAAAUUAAUUUGUGUAUGUAAUCUUGUUCCUAUGCUUAUUUAUACAUUCCGUUGUACUGCAAACAACGUGUUUUCGUACGUUAAUUUAUUUUGUUAUUCUGUUAUUUAUUUUUUGUUUGUAUAAUUUGUUGCAAUAAAUAUCUACAGAUUUA